UCUCUCUCAAACUCCAACCAGCUCUGUUCCCAUCUGAAAGCAGGGAGAAGACCAGAGAAGAAGACCUCUGUGUUUGUUGUGUUUGAACCGCUUCAGGCCUGGACACCGGACCUGAGCCCGUCUCCUGGAAACCGGCACCCUGACCUCACCCCCUCGAACCAGCGCUGACCGGCUCAGCCCAGCUCCACCCGGCCCCAAAACAGGCCCAGCAGCCCUCCUCUCGCCACCCAGCCCGUCAAAGCCCAACCGGUCCGGUGUCUCCAUGGAGCGCGUCCAGCACAUGACCAAGUCGGCCAUCCGCCGGGCGUCCAUGAUCGAGGUGAACCCGCAGGCCAAGAAGAACCUGCAGGAGCUGUUCGUCAACUUCACCCUCAUCCUCAUCUGCCUGCUGCUCAUCUACAUCAUCGUCCUGCUGAGCAGCUGAGAGUCCGGCUCUGCGGGUUCGGCUGAGAUAUGGGGCUUUGUUCUUUUCUUGAUACAGGUCGUAUUUCUAAUUAUAAUAACAUCCCCAUAUGUCAGCCGAACCCCGUCUGA